UGCUCAAACCAUCCCGACCACACGCGGCGCUGUUUGCAGCGAGCACGCGGGCCAGGCUCGUUCAGGGAUCCUGUCGUCUCGCUCAACUCCGGCCGAGGUGUCCAUUGAAGUCGGAAGUCGGUUUUAUAUAGUUUGUGAAACCCCUUUGGUGAAACUCGACAAAAUGGCAGAAGACAGCAGCUAUGAGUCAAUGCUCUGUGUGAAGCCCGAGGUUCACGUUUACAAGAUCCCGCCGCGUGCUUCUAACCGCGGAUAUCGUGCUGCUGACUGGAAGUUGGAUGAACCUUCAUGGAGUGGCAGGAUGAAAAUCACUGCAAAAGACAAGAUAGCCUACAUUAAGUUAGAGGACAAAAACACAGGAGAGUUGUUUGCCCAAGCUCCAGUCGAACAGUAUCCAGGGUGUGUAGUUGAAGCAGUCACAGACUCCAGCAGGUACUUUGUGAUCCGGAUAGAGGAUGGCAAUGGACGUCAUGCUUUUAUCGGUCUGGGUUUUGCUGAUCGUGGAGACUCAUUUGACUUCAACGUAGCUUUACAGGACCAUUUUAAGUGGGUGAAGCAAGAAGGCGAGUUUGCAAAACAGGAAGCUUCUGAGAGCACAGCACCUAAGCUGGACCUCAGCUUCAAAGAGGGACAGACUAUCAAGAUCAGCAUUGGGAACAUCAAGAAGAAGGAAGCAGGUGGUGCCAAACCGCGGCCCAUGGGUAUGGGUCUACUCCCACCUCCACCAGGUGCAAAGGUUGGAGGUGUAGUAGCGCCUCCUGUGGGACAGCAGACAGUCUCAGCUGUACAGACUAACACUGCCACACUUUUAGACUUUGGGUCCCCUGGCCCUGCAGCCCCACCCAGCUCCGACGUGUGGGGGGAUUUCACAUCUGCAGGCUCCAACUCCAGUAAAGAUGCUGUCGCAUCAGGAUGGGUGCAGUUUAGUUGAAUGGUGAGAAAACGUGUGCACACACUCAGGCUCCAUACAUUCCAUGGACAGGAUGAUUGCGGCAGAAAGAAACUAAAAGAAAGGAACUGUUAGUAAACUUGACUGGCUCAUUUGUUCUGGCUGCACUUGUUCUGUAAAGAAUAUGUUCACAUAAACUAAAGCCAGCUGACCAACACACUCUGGAGGAACAAACAGUAAACAUGUAAAUAUUUUUUUACAAUCAUAUUCUUUUCUCAAACUCUGCCACAAAGUGGGACCUUUGUUUGAUAUUAGAAGUUACUAAAACUAAACUGCCAUUGUUGGAGUGUCUGCUCUCCUGAAGAUAAGUGAGCACGUUGAUUGUAGAGAGGAACAACACUAACCAGAUGAAAACAUCCAUCCAUCACCUUAAAUCAAAUGUUCCCUUAUUUUAUAUCAAGUUUCAAUCCCUUCUCAAUGCUAUCUGUUCAGAAUCACUUUUGAUUGUGUCCCUUUGUUCCAUCAUGCUCCAAUCAUAGGUAUCUCAUUACACAAGCAGCACUCAUCUCAAGGUAGUUUUUACCAUUUAGGGUAAGUUAGUUUACCCCUUGAAAAUAUCCUUGUUUUGUUACGCUUUAAAGCAGUAGGUUUGUGUUUUCUGUUUCCUAGUUUUUUUAUUUUGUUUUAUGAGAUCUGGAAAAGCUAUAUUGAUAUAUGAUGAUUUGUUUUACAUUUAACAUCUGAAGCCUUCAUCAAAUAUAUCCAGGUUGUUUUAAUCAUGGUGUUGGAAAAAAAGUCAUGAUGUCCAUUUUCUGUCAUUCAAAGUUUGAACAUGUUUUCGUUCAUUUUGGUUUUUGUGUACGCCCUUCAUUUGUCUUUGCCUCGUGUGUUGUUGCUUUUAAAAAUGUGCCUUUUACCAAAUAGAAAUGUCCUCAAUCUUGUUGCUAAUUUGCAUCAAGUAUUUGAUUAAGUGCCUUUCUGAAAAAGAUCUAAAAUGUACAAAAUGUAAACCUAAGUCAUCUUGUAAAUAAACAAUAUAUU